AAGCCUUCCUACCAUCGUCAUGUGAUGCGGGCCCUCGCCCCACCCGUCUGCAGCCACUCUGUGUCUCCAUCCCCAAGCUCGAGAGGGCCACGUGACCCUCCCAGGGCCAGUCACGUGAGGCGCGGAUCCCGGGUGGGAGGGGGUUGGCCCUGGGGUCUGGAGUGGCAGUAAAGGAGGACGAUGGCGGGGUGCAGGGGGUCCCUGUGCUGCUGCUGCAGGUGGUGCUGCUGCUGCGGUGAGCGUGAGACCCGCACCCCGGAGGAGCUGACCAUCCUUGGAGAAACUCAGGAGGAGGAGGAUGAGAUCCUUCCAAGGAAAGACUACGAGAGUUUGGAUUAUGAUCGUUGUAUCAAUGACCCUUACCUGGAAGUUUUGGAGACGAUGGAUAAUAAGAAAGGUCGAAGGUAUGAGGCGGUGAAAUGGAUGGUGGUGUUUGCCAUCGGAGUCUGCACUGGGCUGGUGGGCCUCUUCGUGGACUUUUUCGUGCGCCUCUUCACCCAGCUGAAGUUUGGAGUGGUACAGACAUCGGUGGAGGAAUGCAGCGAGAAAGGCUGCCUGGCCCUGUCCCUCCUUGAACUCUUGGGUUUCAACUUGACCUUUGUCUUCUUGGGGAGCCUUCUUGUCCUCAUUGAGCCAGUGGCAGCAGGUUCUGGAAUACCCGAGAUCAAAUGCUAUCUGAACGGCGUGAAGGUGCCUGGAAUUGUCCGUCUCCGGACCCUGCUCUGCAAAGCCUUCGGAGUGCUGUUUAGCGUGGCCGGAGGGCUCUUCGUGGGGAAGGAAGGCCCCAUGAUCCACAGUGGAGCGGUGGUGGGAGCUGGCCUCCCUCAGUUUCAGAGCAUCUCCUUACGGAAAAUCCAGAUUAACUUCCCCUACUUCCGAAGUGACAGAGACAAGCGGGACUUCGUAUCAGCAGGGGCGGCUGCCGGCGUCGCUGCAGCUUUUGGGGCUCCCAUCGGGGGGACCUUGUUCAGUCUGGAGGAGGGCUCAUCCUUCUGGAACCAAGGGCUCACGUGGAAAGUGCUCUUUUGUUCCAUGUCUGCCACCUUCACCCUCAACUUCUUUCGUUCUGGGAUUCAGUUUGGAAGUUGGGGCUCCUUUCAGCUCCCUGGAUUACUGAAUUUCGGCGAGUUUAAGUGCUCUGACUCUGAUAAAAAAUGUCAUCUCUGGACAGCUAUGGAUUUGGGUUUCUUCGUCGUGAUGGGGGUCAUUGGGGGCCUCCUGGGAGCCACAUUCAACUGCCUGAACAAGAGGCUUGCAAAGUACCGUAUGCGAAACGUGCACCCGAAACCUAAGCUCGUCAGAGUCUUAGAGAGCCUCUUGGUGUCCCUGGUAACCACCGUGGUGGUGUUUAUGGCCUCGAUGGUGUUAGGAGAAUGCCGCCAGAUGUCGCCUUCGAGUCAAGGCGGUAACGACUCGUUCCUGCUCCAGGUCACAUCAGAAGAUGUGAAUUCAAGUAUCAAGACCUUUUUUUGCCCGAAUGAGACCUACAAUGACAUGGCCACGCUCUUCUUCAAUCCGCAGGAGUCUGCCAUUCUUCAGCUCUUCCACCAGGACGGUACCUUCAGCCCCAUCACUUUGGCCUUGUUCUUCAUCCUCUAUUUCUUGCUUGCAUGUUGGACUUACGGCAUUUCCGUUCCAAGCGGCCUUUUUGUCCCUUCUCUCCUGUGUGGAGCUGCCUUUGGACGUUUAGUUGCCAAUGUCCUCAAAAGCUACAUUGGAUUGGGCCAUAUCUAUUCAGGGACCUUUGCUCUGGUUGGUGCAGCAGCUUUCUUGGGUGGGGUCGUCCGAAUGACCAUCAGUCUCACGGUCAUCCUGAUUGAAUCUACCAAUGAGAUCACCUAUGGGCUUCCCAUUAUGAUCACUCUGAUGGUGGCCAAAUGGACAGGGGAUUUUUUCAAUAAGGGCAUUUACGAUAUCCACGUGGGCCUGCGGGGAGUGCCGCUUCUGGAAUGGGAGACAGAGGUGGAGAUGGACAAGCUGAGAGCCAGUGACGUCAUGGAGCCGAACCUGACCUACGUGUACCCGCACACCCGCAUCCAGUCUCUGGUCAGCAUCCUGCGCACCACGGUCCACCAUGCCUUCCCGGUGGUGACCGAGAACCGGGGCAACGAGAAGGAGUUCAUGAAGGGCAACCAGCUCAUCAGUAACAACAUCAAAUUCAAGAAAUCCAGCAUCCUCACCCGAGCCGGCGAGCAGCGCAGACGCAGCCAAUCCAUGAAGUCCUACCCGUCCAGCGAGCUGCGGCACAUGUGUGACGAACACGUCACCUCCGAGGAGCCCGCCGAGAAGGAGGACCUCCUGCAGCAGAUGCUUGAGCGGAGAUACACUCCCUACCCCAACCUAUACCCUGACCAGUCCCCAAGUGAAGACUGGACCAUGGAGGAACGCUUCCGCCCUCUGACCUUCCACGGCCUGAUCCUUCGGUCUCAGCUUGUCACCCUGCUCGUCCGAGGAGUUUGUUAUUCCGAAAGUCAGUCGAGCGCCAGCCAGCCGCGUCUCUCCUACGCCGAGAUGGCAGAGGACUACCCGCGGUACCCUGACAUCCACGACCUGGACCUGACGCUGCUGAACCCGCGGAUGAUUGUGGACGUCACCCCGUACAUGAACCCUUCGCCCUUCACGGUGUCACCUAACACGCACGUCUCCCAAGUUUUCAACCUGUUCAGAACGAUGGGCCUGCGGCACUUGCCGGUGGUGAAUGCGGUGGGAGAGAUCGUUGGGAUCAUUACCCGACACAACCUGACGUACGAAUUUCUGCAGGCCCGACUGCGGCAGCACUACCAGACCAUCUGAGGGCUCAGCUCGGCCCCACUGCCACGGGCCAGCCCACCCUCUCCUGGAGUGGCCCGGGGAGACGGCUCAGCUCGCUCACGCUCUGCCACCACGGCUGGCUGGGGCUGGCCCGGGGCGCACAAGACUCCCGGUCACCCACUCGCUCAGAAAGCCUACAAUCAUCUAACGCUUUGCUGGUCAGAGAUGCUGGGGAUGGUACUGAACCAUCAGAGUUCGGACUUGUCUGACUUUCUCAGCAAGUAUCUUCCUGUUUCCUGCUCCCCGAGUUCCUACCAUCCAGUGUUGGCACCAACCCAGGCCCCUCCACCCCGCUAGCGCCAGAGCCGAAGAGGGAAAUCAGGCCUCACACCCACUGGCGGGCAACACCCAGAGCAGUGUCCCAGCCCCCUCUUUGCUGCUUUCCUGGGGAACCCAGCUGUUGCCUUACACCACGACGGGAGGGACUGUGGCCAGGACAAACACUGGGGGAAUGCCAGUUGCAAAAUUGAGUUACUAAAUUCAGGAACUGGGCACUGAGAAAAUGACCCAUGUUUCAGGGAGGCCUCCCUUCUUUGGGACUCAGCUCAACAUCUGCCACAUUUCAUUUUAUGGGAAACGUCCUGCUUCCGGGGUGUGAGCUCUGGUGCUCUGGUCUAGCCCCCGUGGUUUCAGUCUCCUUAGAACCACCACCUUCCAGAAGCACAAAGCAUUAAAAUCCCACGAAGAUGCUGAACAAUAAAUCUGACAAUAGAGUCAGGUUUAUAUCUGCCCUGGUUUUUAACAUUUUUAGCUUUCUCUCCAUUUCCCAAAUUACAUGGUCUCCUAGUGACGCGUUUGACCCUGAUUUGUCCCUGCUCCUUUUCACCUCCACUGAGUUACUACACUUAAGUUUUUACCUGCGUCUUCCCGGUAAGGCAGCCACAGUUCAGACGAUCUUGGCGGCACCCCCCCCCCCCAUCCUCCCCCAAGUUAACUAAAAGCAGGGCACCCUUAGAUAAAACUGCCUGGCUCUGGGAAUAGUACAGCUGUUUCUAGGAUGGAAAGGAGUGAGCUCGGAGCCAGCGACCACUAAGGUAUGUGAUGUGACUUGAAAAGCCAGAGUGUUGCGAUAAAGCAGAUGGUUUAUUCGAGGAGAAGAGGGUCUGCCCUUCACAAACGCCUCUCGCUUCCCUGCCUACAUCCCCAGCCUUCUGAGAGGCUCAGAAAUGGGAAAGUCAGGAGGGCCUGCCGCGCUGCGGGCGGCUGUGGUGGGGACGGGGAGGGGCCUCCUGCCAGCACGUGCCCCAGGGCUUCUGCAUCAAACAGGAAGUGACUUCGUUUCUCUCCAGGCUGGCUGGUCAUCCCUCUCCGCACAGGCACCCAAAGUGAACAUUUGGGUGUCGGGCGUUUGCACUUAACUUUCCUCUUACUCUGCUCUUUCCAUGUUUAUCAGAAUCCUAGGCCCAUCAGGCAACACUGUGGCAGAUGUGCUUUGGGACUCAUGGUGGCAUUUCAUUUGCAUUUAGUUUUUAGUUUAUUGUUUUUGGUUUUUUUAACCAUGGAAGUUGCCUGAGGGCAUCAGUGCCUGGCGCUGGCAACACGGUUCUCUCACCCUCAGCCUCCUGCUGACUUCAGAUGCCAGACCCUUUGGGCUGAGGGUGGGUGUCAGUCCCACCUUGCCGGCUCAGGUCGUGUGCUCAACACACACGAGGGAAUAAUAAUCCCACUUGAUCGAGGCAGCCGCUUCAGGAUCUUUUCCAAGAGACUGUGGGGCCCCCUCCGUUCCUCCCAUCUUAUCUCUUAGACCAAAAGGACUUUGACGUCGUAAGUGUUUCAGCCCUGGAUGUGCUUGAUUUGUGAGAUGUGGAUGAAACUCCCAGUAAGUCACAAGGACCAAGAAGGCAAGCCCUGCGAAAUGUGAUUGUGUUCCACCAGCUGCCACUUUAUUUUCAAGCGGCGUUUAGAGCUUGGCCACAUUACUUCUUUUAUGAAGAAGGAAACCAAUUGUACCAGUCAGGACAGUGGUGUGACUGCCCGUUCAUCUCCAAACUUAAUCAAUCUCCUCUUCCCAGCCCUCGCUGAAAUGGGCAGAACUGAAGUCCUGCAGGAGGACCUCUGGCCUGCAGGGGUCUGGGUCACCAGCCGCUGGCCUCAGGGCUGCCUGGGUGAACGUUGUUGGAAUUUAUCCCUCGUGCACACAGCGUUGCUCUUAAGUCACCAGAUGUUUUGUUCCCAUCCGCGUAGCCCAGAGAUAGUCCGCAGAAUGCAAAUGGCUUCCUCGCCCUGAACUGACUGGUUGGCUGCCAAAUAGGACCCAAACCCAGGCCCCUUUGGAAAGGCACAUUGUUUCCUGUCCUCUGUUGACGUCUGUCCUUAUCAGAUAAGCCCAAAGACAACCACUGCUCCACUUGUAACAAACUAACUGGAAGCAUCGCUCCUUUGAUUUCUGUUAGAAACCUGCAUUUUCAGCAUCUCACCUGCUACCAGCCCCAUGGCCUCCCAGUGAUAUGGAGGGCCACAGACAAACUCCACACAGGGGCUCUGGGUUUGGCAAGAGGUGUGUGUGUUUUGUCCCCAGCUUGGUGUUUCAUGGUUCCCCAGCCAAAGGGAUGGGGGAGUGGGGAGCAGGAGUCCCCCCUGGGAGACUCCUUUGCACCCUAGGGGAUGAUUUGCUCAUGACCUUGUUUAAUGAAUGGUUCCUGGCUGGAAUAGACGCUUGCUUGACCCAACCGACCAUAUGAUGUUUCUGAUGCAGAAUUGCACCCUGACAAAGCCCUUGGUGAUAAGAAAGCCUCCAGAAGGGCCAGAAGUGCCCUCCUGGGCCCGCAGUAUUGAUGUGCAGCCAGUGUUGCCCCACAGCCCCUGUGGGACUUGGUCGUUUUGACAGUAGCAGCUUUGUUUUUUCUGUUUGCUCUGUUCGUUUAUGUGAUAAUGUUAACUAAUUCCACUGUAUAUAAAUUGUAUUUUUUUUAAUUUGUAAAAUUCUAUUUUUAUUUGAAUUUUUGGAAUUUUGGAAGUUCUCAUUGUAACCUUAACAUGUCAAUAAAACAUCUCCAUCUGUCUCCUUUA